AUGGCUACUGUCGUUGCAUCUCAUAACAUUGGAAUCUGGCAAGAUCGACGGGAGCAAUCUAUGCAUAUCCCCAACAUGCAUCUGACCAACAUCAUGCCUCCCUACGACCAGUCCAGGAAUGUCACCAACGCCCCCGUCUCUCGCGACUACCAACCCACAUCAAACCACAUGGACAUCAGCAUGCCCAUCUACCAAAGCAACGCCCUCCCUACCUCGGUCCCAUACCAAGCAGGAGCAUUCGCAUACGACCCCAGUUCGGUAAACGCAUACAACAUGCAGCAGCCUUCAUACUACCCGCCCGCGAUGCCCCAUCCCGUUUCAUACGCUUCCUCCCAUGACGUCCAGCCGCUUCCCACCCUGCCAGAUGUCCGACAUGUUUUCAACCACAACGUCAAGUCUGAGGGUACAUCGCCAGCGCAUUCAGGCCAUAGCCACAUGUACGCCGAUCAGUCAUUCACAUCCGACUGCAAGCGAUCAAACUCAGAGCCUACUGAAGGCAGUGGCGUGAACUUCGCCACGGAUGUGGACACCCUCAUGAGGGCUAUCCAGGCGAAACAGACAAACCCACCCCAAGAACCGGAGCAGAAGGACGACGUAGUGAAGACUGCUCAGAAGCCAAGGAAGCGUUACCAGUGCACCGUCCCCAACUGCAACAAGAGCUUUUACCAAAAGACACAUCUUGAGAUCCACAUCCGCGCCCACACUGGCGACAAGCCAUUCCCUUGCAAAGCACCUGGCUGUGGUCAAUCUUUCUCGCAACUAGGUAACCUCAAGACACACGAGAGGCGACACACUGGAGAGCGACCGUACAGCUGCGACAUCUGUGGCAAGACAUUUGCUCAACGAGGAAAUGUGCGCGCGCACAAGAUCGUCCACCAACAGAUCAAGCCUUUCAGCUGCAAACUCGACGACUGCGGCAAGCAGUUCACCCAACUAGGCAACCUCAAGUCGCAUCAAAACAAGUUCCACGCCGCCACUCUUAGAUAUCUCACCACCAAGUUUGCGACCAUCAACCCAGGAGAUUACGUCUCUCAGGAGGACAAGGAGCUUUGGGAGUACUUUGCGUCGCUAUACAAGAACUCCAACAAGGGCAUCAAAGGUCGUGGCAAGGACAGGCGCAUCUCCGCCAUGUCAGCAUCUGCCUCCUCAUACCCUUCCUCCUACGCCUCCAUGCCAAUGGCUUCCAUGUCUCGAGGCUACGCCAGCUCUUUCCAUCAACACAGCAGCGAUCGCAGCAGCCGCUGCUCUUCGAUGUCGUCUGACACUAUUCCAAUCCAGAGGGCAGACAGCGCAUACGACUUCAGUGCACCGAUGCACAACGGCUACCAUCAGCCCCAGGGCAAUGGCUACGACGACAAGGUCUUCCCAGAGCGGAUGAUGUACUGA